AUGUCGUCCCUUCUCGCGAACCUUCCGUCUCGCGGCAAUUUCUCCGCGGCGGCGUGCACGCUGUCGUCGUCGAUCCCCGUGUACAUCUGCGACCACGACACGUCUCCGCCGUCCGAUCAGAUCAUCACGACCGAUCCAACGAACAUCCUGCUUCGCGCGCUCACCAUGAAUAAGACGCGCGACGCGGAAGCAGCAAAGGCGGCGCAAGACAAGGGGAAGAAGACAGCUUCCGGUGCUCCUGGUGCUUCUGCUGCUGGUACCGGUGCUGCUGGUAUUUCUGGUUCUGCUGCUGCUGGUACUGGCGCUGCUGGUGCUGCUGCAGCGGCUCACGACACCAGAUCACGGCAAUCAGGACUUCAAGAUAAAGGCAAGAGGCCUGCCACAGGUGAUCCCGGUCAGGACGACGCGAUUGGUGCGACUAGAUCCGGCGGGAGACCGGCGAAACGCGGCCCGGGCGUGGGGAGCAGCGGCGGCGGUGGCGGAAUGGAGCAGGAUCGGGAAGCGGGGCGGACUCUUAAGGGGAUGACGAGCGAGCGGGAUGUGGAUGGGCUGACUGUUGAGAGGUUGAGAGCGUGUUUGAAGGAGAAGGGUUUGUCGAUCAGAGGGAGGAAGGAGGAGUUGGUUGCCAGGCUGAAGCUGGCUCUGGGACGAGCCAGAGCCUUGAAUAAGGGAGAGAAGGGGUUGGGAAGGAGAUGCAAUAGUAAAGCGGUAUGGAGAGAGAGGGAGAGAAGGCGAAUAUCAGAGUGUAGCCCAGGGGGAACAGAGAGCACACAUACAGCGACUUCUGGCUGUGGUGCGGCGUGGUGCACUGUGGUGCGGCGUGGUGCACUGUGGUGCGGCGUGGUGCACUGUGGUGCUUCGUGGUGCACUGUGGUGCUUCGUGGUGCACUGUGGCGCGGCGUGGUGCACUGUGGUGCGGCGUGGUGCACUGUGGUGCGGCGUGGUGCACUGUGGUGCGGCGUGGUGCACUGUGGUGCGGCGUGGUGCACUGUGGUGCGGCGUGGUGCACUGUGGUGCGGCGUGGUGCACUGUGGUGCGGCGUGGUGCACUGUGGUGCGGCGUGGUGCACUGUGGUGCGGCGUGGUGCACUGUGGUGCGGCGUGGUGCACUGUGGUGCGGCGUGGUGCACUGUGGUGCGGCGUGGUGCGCUGUGGUGCGGCGUGGUGCGCUGUGGUGCGGCGUGGUGCGCUGUGGUGCGGCGUGGUGCACUGUGGUGCAGCGUGGUGCACUGUGGUGCGGCGUGGUGCACUGUGGUGCGGCGUGGUGCACUGUGGUGCGGCGUGGUGCACUGUGGUGCGGCGUGGUGCACUGUGGUGCGGCGUGGUGCACUGUGGUGCGGCGUGGUGCACUGUGGUGCGGCGUGGUGCGCUGUGGUGCGGCGUGGUGCGCUGUGGUGCGGCGUGGUGCGCUGUGGUGCGGCGUGGUGCACUGUGGUGCGGCGUGGUGCACUGUGGUGCGGCGUGGUGCACUGUGGUGCGGCGUGGUGCACUGUGGUGCGGCGUGGUGCACUGUGGUGCGGCGUGGUGCACUGUGGUGCGGCGUGGUGCACUGUGGUGCGGCGUGGUGCACUGUGGUGCGGCGUGGUGCACUGUGGUGCGGCGUGGUGCACUGUGGUGCGGCGUGGUGCGCUGUGGUGCGGCGUGGUGCGCUGUGGUGCGGCGUGGUGCGCUGUGGUGCGGCGUGGUGCGCUGUGGUGCGGCGUGGUGCGCUGUGGUGCGGCGUGGUGCGCUGUGGUGCGGCGUGGUGCACUGUGGUGCGGCGUGGUGCACUGUGGUGCGGCGUGGUGCACUGUGGUGCGGUGUGGUGCACUGUGGUGCGGCGUGGUGCACUGUGGUGCGGCGUGGUGCACUGUGGUGCGGCGUGGUGCACUGUGGUGCGGCGUGGUGCGCUGUGGUGCGGAGUGGUGCGCUGUGGUGCGGCGUGGUGCGCUGUGGUGCGGCGUGGUGCACUGUGGUGCGGCGUGGUGCACUGUGGUGCGGCGUGGUGCACUGUGGUGCGGCGUGGUGCACUGUGGUGCGGCGUGGUGCACUGUGGUGCGGCGUGGUGCACUGUGGUGCGGCGUGGUGCACUGUGGUGCGGCGUGGUGCACUGUGGUGCGGCGUGGUGCGCUGUGGUGCGGCGUGGUGCGCUGUGGUGCGGCGUGGUGCGCUGUGGUGCGGCGUGGUGCGCUGUGGUGCGGCGUGGUGCGCUGUGGUGCGGCGUGGUGCACUGUGGUGCGGCGUGGUGCGCUGUGGUGCGGCGUGGUGCACUGUGGUGCGGCGUGGUGCGCUGUGGUGCGGCGUGGUGCGCUGUGGUGCGGCGUGGUGCGCUGUGGUGCGGCGUGGUGCGCUGUGGUGCGGCGUGGUGCGCUGUGGUGCGGCGUGGUGCACUGUGGUGCGGCGUGGUGCGCUGUGGUGCGGCGUGGUGCGCUGUGGUGCGGCGUGGUGCGCUGUGGUGCGGCGUGGUGCAGUGCACGUACCAGAGCGAGCACACAUGCAGUGA